AAUAGCAUAUAACUUAUGCAUAAACCUUCUUCAGUAGUUAAGUAUGAAUAGUUCUCUAAAGUUUUCUCUUCUUUUUUUCCAUAUUUUCUUGUUUUCCCUUCUUCCAUUAAAGGUUACAGCUUCAUUAAGAACACAAGCAGAAGCCCUUAUACAAUGGAAAAACAGCUUGUCUCUUUUACCACCUUCCUUAAAUUCUUGGUCCACCAACAAUAUUGACAAUCUCUGCAACUGGACUUCUAUCACCUGUGACAACUCCAUCAAAAUGGUUUCUGAAAUCAACCUUAUGAAUGCAAACAUCACUGGAACAUUAGCCCAAUUUAGCCUCACCCCCUUUUCUAAUUUGACCCGUUUUGACCUCCACAAUAACAAUCUUGUUGGAUCAAUACCACCAACCAUUGGCAACCUAUCCAAGCUCACUCACUUGGAUUUGAGCAACAAUGGCUUGGUAGCUAUUGUGCCUGUGGAGAUAGGGCAGUUGACGGAGCUUCAGUAUCUCAGCCUAUUCAACAACAGUCUCAACGGUAGCAUCCCUUAUCAAGUUAGUCAUCUUCACAAGGUAUGGUACUUAGACCUUGGAUGGAAUGACUUUACAACUCCUAAUUGGUCCAAGUUCUUAGACAUGCCUUUGUUGAUUCACCUUAGAUUGGCCAACAAUGCACUAGAAUCAGAUUUCCCUCCUUUUAUCACCAAUUGUCAAAAUCUCACUUUUCUAGACUUGUCAUUCAAUUCCUUGAUUGGCCCAAUACCAGAAUUGGUGUUCACCAAUCUAGUUAAGCUGAAGGUCUUCAAUCUUAGUCAUAAUUCAUUCCAGGCUCCACUGUCAUUGAACAUUUUCAAGCUUUCUAAACUUGUAGCUCUUCAACUAGGAGCUAACCAAUUCAUUGGUCCAAUUCCUGAGAGUAUAAGUCUCUUGUAUGAGCUUGAAAUUCUUGAAUUGUAUGAAAAUGCUAUAUGGGGUACCAUUCCAUCUUCUAUAGGUCAACUUAAGAAACUCAAGAAACUUGAUCUUCAUUCUAAUUCCUUUAAUUCUACCAUUCCUUAUGAGCUUGGUUCUUGUGCUAAUCUCACCAUUUUGGCCUUAUCCAAGAAUCAACUCACUGGUCAAUUACCUUUAUCCUUCUCCAAUUUAGUUAGAAUAUCCUCUUUGGAUUUGUCUGAAAAUGUACUUUCUGGUCAAAUCCCACCCUCUCUUAUUGGCAAUUGGACCCAGUUGAUCUAUUUACAGCUUCAACACAAUAACUUUACUGGUAAGAUUCCAUCUGAAAUUGGCUUAUUGACAAAGCUGAUGAGUCUCUUUCUGUAUAAGAACAAGCUUUGUGAUUCUAUUCCCUUGGAGAUAGGGAAUUUAAAGGAACUUGUACAGUUGGAUCUUUCAGAAAACCAACUUGUUGGCUUAAUUCCUUUAGCUCUCUGGAGUCUUACAAACCUUCAACAGCUGCAACUUUUCGAUAAUAAUCUUGUUGGAACAAUCCCACCGGAGAUUGAAAAUAUGGUGUCUUUGCAAUUACUUGUUCUCAGCACAAACCAACUGUUUGGGGAAUUGCCAGAGAACAUUUCCAAGCUUAUCAAUUUAAAUGAGAUCUCUCUUUUGACCAAUAAUUUCUCAGGUAGUAUCCCCAAAGAUUUUGGCAAAUAUAGUCCCUUCUUGCGGUACGUUGGCUUCUCAAACAAUAGCUUCUCUGGAGAACUCCCACGUGAGUUGUGUAGUGGCCUCCUCCUUGAAAAUAUCACUGUCAAUGACAACAAGUUCACUGGCUCAUUGCCAACUUGCCUUAAGAAUUGUUCAUUAUUAAAAAGGGUCCGAUUUGACGGGAACCAAUUUACAGGUGACAUCACAAAUGCAUUUGGGUUUCAUCCAAGCCUAAAUUUUAUUUCUCUAAGUGACAAUCAAUUUACUGGUCAGAUAUCUCCACAAUGGGGGGAAUGCCAGAAUCUCACCUAUCUACAAAUGAGCAAAAACAGAAUUUCUGGUGAAAUACCUAUAGAGCUUGGUAAAUUGAACCAAUUGGCUGUUCUUAGUCUUGGCUCCAAUGAGUUAUCUGGGAAUAUUCCUGAUGAACUGGGAAAUUUAAGCAUGUUGUUCAAUUUAAGUUUGAGCAAGAAUCAUCUAACUGGAGAAAUACCUCAAGAUAUAGGAGCUUUGCAGAAUCUUGCAUAUCUUGAUCUGUCAGAGAACAACUUGAUUGGAAGUAUCCCAAAAGAAUUUGGGAAUUUUGAAAAAUUAUUGAGAAUGGAUUUAAGCCAUAACAAUCUAUCUGGUAGCAUCCCACAUGAGCUCGGAAAUUUAAUUUCAAUUCAAAUCACACUUGAUCUAAGUAGCAAUUCACUUUUGGGACCAAUCCCACAAGAUCUGUCAAAGCUUACAUCAUUAGAGAAUCUUAAUGUGUCACAUAAUCAUCUCUCAGGCAUGAUUCCAGCAAGCUUAUCUAGAAUGAUUAGUCUUUGCACAUUUGAUUUCUCUUAUAAUGAGUUGACAGGUCCAAUCCCAACUGGAAAACAAUUUCAAAAUGCUUCUAGUGAAGCCUUUGUUGGAAACUUAGGUUUGUGUGGAAAGUUUGAUGGACUAACCCCUUGUAGUUCGAGUUCUAGCAACAACAAUUCCAACAAGAUUAACACUAGGGUUCUUAUUGUUGUCCUUGUUCCUAUUUGUGUUCUUUUAGUUGUAAUAUCUAUUGUUAUGAUUCUAAUGCAUCGUUGUCACAACAAACUACAUGAUGAGAAAGUUAAAAGAAGUAAAACAUUUGGGAGUUUUGAGAGAAUGAUAUGGGGAAGUGAAAGGACAUUCACAUUUAGUGAGAUUGUAACAGCUACAGAAGAUUUUGAUGAUAAGUACUGCAUUGGAAAAGGAGGAUUUGGAAGUGUUUACAAAGCCUUGUUGUCCAGAAAUCAACUAGUUGCUGUUAAAAAACUCAAUAUGGCAUACUCCAGUGAUAUUCCAGCUACAAAUCUCCAGAGUUUUGAGAAUGAGAUUCGUGUUUUGACAGAAAUUAGGCACCGGAACAUCAUCAAGCUACAUGGAUCAUGUUCAACAAGGGGAUGCAUGUAUUUGGUUUAUGAGUUCAUUGAGAGAGGAAGUUUGAAAAAUGUACUAUAUGGAGUUGGAGAAGUGGAGCUGGGAUGGGUUGCAAGGGUGAGAAUUGUGAAAGGAUUGGCUAAUGCCCUUGCAUAUUUGCACCAUGACUGCUUUCCCCCCAUUGUUCAUCGAGAUAUCUCUCUGAAUAACGUCUUGCUUGAGUCAGAACUCGAACCAAAACUCUCAGAUUUCGGCAUAGCAAGGUUCCUAGAUCCAAAUUCUACCAACUGGACAACAAUUGCUGGAUCUUAUGGUUACAUGGCACCAGAGCUUGCACUCACAAUGCAAGUGACAGACAAAUGUGAUGUUUAUAGCUUUGGUGUGGUAACGUUAGAAGUUAUGAUGGGAAGGCAUCCAGGGGAGCUUCUAAACUCUUUAUCAUCAUCAACAUUUUCAUUAGAUAACAAAGAAGUGCUUGUGCAAGAUGUACUAGACCCUCGACUAUCAUCUCCCACUCACGAAAUAGUGAAGGAGGUUGUCUUUGCCAUCAAGAUUGGCUUAGCUUGCUCACAGAGAGUGCCAGAGUUCCGACCCACCAUGCGUUUUGUGGCACAAGAAUUGUCAGCAAGAAAACAAGCCUCCUUGGCAAGACCUCUAGAGACAAUAACCAUUAGUAGGCUUAUUACAGGCCCAUUAGAAAUAGAAUGAAAGACUGUGAUGAGGAAUACGAAGGAAGAGUUAUUUAGAUUAUUUAGGAUUCAUAAGUAAUUAUUUUUAUUUGAGUGUGGUUAAAUCAUUGGCUAUGUGUUUAAUUUUAAUUUCAUACCUACAUUAUAAAUAAAAUUAUGAGGUUAUU